AUGGAGAAUCCUCCGCUUGCGUCGUUGUCUCUGACCCAUGUCCAUUAUAAUCCAUUUGACCGUGUCUCGUACCUCUGCGCAUGGCUCGCCCUUGUCCCGCAAGGACUAUGUGUUGUCUACGCAACCCUGAUAUGGUCGAACCGCGAGAUUGAGAUCGGGUUGAUGUUUGCAGGUCAGAUGGCCUGCGAAGCACUCAAUUGGGUUCUGAAACGAUACAUCAAAGAGGACCGGCCGCGGGAAAUGCAUGGAAAAGGCUAUGGAAUGCCCUCUUCGCACGCCCAAUUCGUCUCCUUCUUCUCCGUUACCCUCGCGCUGUUUCUCCUCUUCCGCCACGUCCCGCAUCCUACAGAAACCCACACACCCUUCACCUUUGGCGGGCGACUAGUCCUCUCGCUGCUCGCUUUGGCAUCAGCAGGAGCUGUGGCUAUGAGUCGCAUAUACCUAAACUAUCACACUCCCAAACAAGUCGUGGUCGGUUGCAUAGCAGGCUUUCUAUUUGCAUUGGCCUGGUUCGGUGCCACUACGUAUCUGCGGAGAGCUGGGUGGAUCGAAUGGGCGCUUGACACUUGGAUUGCGAAAGCAUUCCGAGUUAGAGACUUAGUGGUCCAAGAGGACUUGGUGGAUUCUGGUUGGGCGCGAUGGGUAGAGAGAAGGCAGCGAGCUUUCCAGGACCAGAGCCAGAAGAGCCGAUGA